AUGACGUUUGCUUAGUUUUCAUUCAUUAUAUUCCAAGUUUUAGCUGAUUGGAAACUUAUAGAUUACAGUUUUUCGGAAGCGCAAAUUUCCAAUAAUAAUUGGAAGAUGAAAGAUAGUUGUUCAGGAUCUGAUACUUCAUUCUAAAAAUAAACUUGCAGUUAAAAUUCCCUAUAGUACGUAAAAUUGACACAUGACGAACGAUAUUUAGAAAAAUCCUUUAAAUAUAGGUGUUAUUAAGUUUAAGUAAUUUUUGAUGCAUUUUUUGAAGAUGCAAAUGAUGAGUAUUCAUAUUUGAAAGUCUAAUACGAUAGUAAUCAAGGAUCAUAAAAUGAUUAAGAACUAUAUUCAAGAGUAUACAGAGAUGACAAUUUAUUAUAAAAUAGUGGCCGAAUAUGCGUUAGUGAUUCAAGCAAAUUCGAUUAAUAAACAAUAGUCAGUACAAGUAGUGUUUCAAACACAAACGAUUUUUAAAUUAAAAUUUGUUUUUAACCUAGGAGUGACAAUAUGGUGAUAGGAAUUAGAAAUAUGCUUGUUUAUGUAAAUACAUGCUAUCCAACUUGCUUAACUUGUAAUGGACCUUCAGAAACAUAAUGUUUAACGUGUUUUAAUAAUCAAAGUGUAUCAGGUGGUAAAUGUUAAUGUAUAUCUGAUUAAUAAUUUUCUGAAAUUAAUAUUGGUUGUAGAUAAGAAUGUGAUAGGGAUUAUUCAUUAGCUCGUUUUGAUAAAAUUUGUGUAUAUGAUGCUCGCAUAAAACGAAAUUUAUCAUUAUUUUAAAAUUCAGAUGUUCCUCAAUCAAAUUAAAGAUAUGCUCCUUUAAUAUUUAUUAAAGAUGAAUUUCAUCUUAAGAAUACUGAUUUAGUUUAUGAAAAUUGUAAUGGAAUCAGUUUUAUAGGAAAACUUUAAUUUAGUGAAGGAAUGCUUUUGUAAAUGAGCUUUGAGUAAGGAGUUAAAUUUUUAAGAAUUCGUAUAACUUUAUAUUUGUUUAAAUUUUAAGUUUAAAGUAAAAUUAUGAUCCUUCAAAACAAUCAAAUAUAAUCUAUUAUUACAAAAGAUUAAUCAAAUUUUUAGAUUUAAAAUUUAUAAAAAAUAUUUGAAUAGUUUGAUAAUUGUGAUGAUAAUUAUACUUUAUUAAGAGUUGAAAUGACAUUUUAAAUCUUUGACUCUAAUCCUGCUAUUUUGAUUUAGGGAUAACUUUAGGAUGAAACUGAAUUUUGGGGAUUAAGAAAUUUCACCGUUGACACAGGAUUUUGUUAAGAAAAUUGUUUGGUUUGCACUGAUUUUUCUACUUGUGAAUAGUGUAAUACAACAUUUAAAUUAUAUAAAAAUAAAUGCGUAUUAUCCUGCCCCAUUCACUCAUCUGAUUGUAUAGACUAUGAAGAUUUUAUUCCAUGUAAAAUUAUUUAGUUAUUUACUUUUUAGAUUCUAGAUAUUUAGCCAAAGGAUUUUAUGACUUAAAUAUGACUUAUCAGGAAAUCAUAAAAUUUUAUGAUACUUUUACAGAAUCUAAUAGUUUAUCAUCAUAAUAAAAAUUUUCUUUUUUAAAUAAUAAAAUAGUAUUAGGUGGCUUAUUGGUUUGGAAUGAUGGCUUCUUUAUUAAGUCAUGGUCUAUCUAGAAGCCUCAUUAUGCUGUUACUGUGUAUUUUAAUUUAACUUAUGGAGAUGAUUACACUGGAUCAUUUUAUUAUAAAAUAGGUUCAACUAGUGCAUCAUACUAAGGACCCUUUUCAAAACUUAGUGGAGGAUAAAAUUUAAUAGGUCGUACAGGUAACGAAAUUACACGUUUUUUUAAUGUUAGUUUGACAAAUUUUUAAUCUAACAAUCUCUAUGUUGAAUUUAAAUGUGAUGUAUCAACUCCAAAUAUUACAAAAGAAUUCUGUGCAAUAUCAGAAUAUUUUAUAGUUGUUCAUUAUGUAAUAAUUAUUAAUUUACAAUAGUGUCCUCCUUUUUGCUCCAUCUGCACAAGUUUAAAUGUUUGCUAAGAUACAGGUUAUACUAGCUCUAUUUGUAGUAGUAAUUAAUAUUUAGAAUUCAAUUCAUUAACUUAGGAUUACACUUGCAUUAACUGUAAUUAACCUGGAUGUAGUACAUGUACAAAUGCAGAAAUAUGUACUUAAUGUAUUUCUAAUUAAUUUGUUUUAUCAAAUGGAAUUUGUUUGUGCAAUCCAUUUACAUUCUUAUAAGGCAAUAAUUGUGUAUCAUGCAAUAAAUAUUGUGAAAAUUGCUAUGGUAGUUCUAAAUAAAAUUGUCUUACUUGUGUUAAGGAAUUUCACAGAGGAAUUUAAUUGAAUUAAUGUUUAUGUUUGCCUGGAUAUUAUGAUGAUGGAAUAAAUUUACCAUGUUUUCCUAUUUGUGGAGAUUAAUUAGUAGUAGAAUAGGAAGAUUGUGAUGAUGGAAAUAAUAAUCCGUUUGAUGGUUGCCAUAAUUGUAAAUUUGCUUGCAAUUUUGCAUGUGAUAUUUGCUUCAAUGGAAAAUGUUAUUAAUGUAAAAGUGGAUAUGAAGUUUAUAAUAAUGACUGUCGAUCAAUCUGUUAAGGAAAGGAACUUUCUUUGUAUUAAUAAUGCCAAACAGAGUUAAAAAACUGUGUAAAUUGUUAAUAUACUUGCUCUAAGAAUUGUAUAAAUUGUGAAUUUGGAAUAUGCAUUGAAUGUGAUGAAGAGAAAGGAUGGUACAUUUAAUUUGACGGUACAUGCAAUUCUAUUUGCGGAGAUGGAAUAGUUACAAGUUUAACUGAGAUGUGCGAUGAUGGAAAUACAAAUCCAUCAGAUGGGUGUAAUUACUGUUAAUAUUCUUGUGAUCUCUUUUGUCAAGUCUGUGUAAAUUCUCUAUGUAUAAGCUGUUAAAAUGGUUAUUAAUUAAUAUAAAAUAAAUGCAUUCCUAAUUGUUAAGAUGGAAAUUUAGUUUUUCCUGAAUAAUGCGAAGAUGGUAAUAUAGUACCAUAUGAUGGUUGCUUUAAUUGUUAAUUUUAAUGUUCAAAUAAUUGUAUAGAUUGCUAAUUUGGUAUUUGUUACAAAUGCAAUGAAUUAAAUGGUUGGUACUUAUAAGAAGAUAGAUCAUGUAAAAGUGUUUGUGGAGACAAUAUACUAGUUCUUGAAUGUGAAGAAUGUGAUAAUAACAAUGUAGAUUCUUUUUGCGAUCAAUGUUAGUUGGUUUGUGAUUAAAAUUGCCAAUAAUGUUAAAGAGGAUUAUGUUUAGUUUGUAUUCAAGGAUAUAAAUGGGAAUAUAUAACAUAAUAAUGUGUAAUAAUGCAAUAAGAUAAUAUUUGUUUCGUUGGAAACAAUCAAUCAUAUGAUGGAUGUUAUGAAAGUAAAUUAAAUUGCUAAUAAUCUUGUACUUUAUGUAGUUUAGAUGGAUGUUUAGAAUGUAAUACAAUUGGAUGGCAAUUAGAUUAGUAAUAAAAGGAAUGUAAAACUGUAUGUGGAGAUGGGAUAAUUGUAUUAAAUUAUGAAGAAUGUGAUGAUUUAAUAGAUGAAAAUUGUUUUUCAUGUAAAAAAAAGUGUUAAAAUUCUUGUUUAUUCUGCUAAAAUGGUGAUUGUAUGGGUUGUAAAAAAGGGUGGGUUUUAUUUAUAGAUAAAAGAUGUUAUCCGAUAUCAGGAGAUUCAUAUAUAGUUGGAAAUGAACAAUGUGAUGAUAAUAAUUAAAUAAUGUUUGAUGGUUGCUAUCUAUCAUAAAAUUAAUGUUAGAUAUCAUGUAUCAUAUGUGAAUUUGGAAAAUGUAUUUAAUGUAAUAAUGGAUAUUAUAAUUUAAAUGGUAAAUGUCAAGAGAUUUUGAAUGAUGGGUAAAUAAUGGGGAACGAACAAUGUGAUGAUAUGAAUUUAUUAGCCUAGGAUGGUUGUUUUCAUGGCUAAUAUGAUUGUCCUGAAUAUUGUGAACAUUGUCAUCAAGGUUAAUGUUUAAAAUGCAGUAAAAUCUCAAGUUAACUUGAUAAUCUUACUAAUUAAUGUCUAUCAUUUUGUGGAGAUGGAUAUUUAGCAAAUUAAGAAUAAUGUGAUGAUGAAAAUAACAUUCCAUAUGAUGGUUGUUAUGAAUGUAAAUUCUAAUGUAAUUAAUUUUGUCAGAUUUGUGAAAAUGGUAUAUGUUUUGAAUGUCAGUUAGGUUAUUCUUUAAAUAAAUUAAAAAAUAUUUGUGAUAGUGUUUGUGGAAAUGGUAUUAUUACACAUAAUGAAGAAUGCGAUAAUGGUGAUUUAUAAUUAUUAAAUGAAUGUUCAAAUUGUAAACUUUAGUGUCAAGAAUAAUGUAUUAUUUGUGUUAAUGGAUAAUGUCUUGAAUGUAUAUAAGAUGGCUGGUAAUUAAAUUUGAUUGAUAUGAAUUGUUAACCAAUUUGUGGUGACCAAAUAGUAUUAGGUAAUGAAUAGUGUGAUGAUGGUAAUGAUAAAGAGAAUGAUGGUUGUGCUAAUUGUUUUUUUAAAUGUUAGGAUGAAUGUACUAAGUGUGAAUUUGGAGAAUGCAGAGAGUGUGGUUAUGAUGGUUGGGAACUAAUUGUUAAUGAAUGUUUUCCUAUAUGUGGAGAUUAUUUAGUUUUAGGUAAUGAAGAAUGUGAUGACGGAAAUAUGAUUCGUUCAGAUGGAUGUUUUGAAUGUAAAUAUUUAUGUUAAGAUUAAUGUACUGAUUGUGUAGGUGGUUAUUGUAAAGCUUGUAACACUAGAGGUUGGGAACUUAAUAAAAAUAAUGUUUGUGUUACUGUAUGUGGAGAUGGUAUCGUUAUUAAUUUAAAUGAAUAAUGUGAUGAUGGUAAUGAUAUACCAUUUGAUGGUUGUUAUUUAUGUGAAUUUUAAUGUGAAUAAUUAUGUACUUUAUGUGAAUAAGGAAUAUGUUAUGAAUGUAAUUAAUUAGGAUGGAUUAUCAAAGAUAAUUAAUGUACUCCUUAUUGUGGUGAUGGUCUUAUUAUUGGAAAUGAAUAAUGUGAUGAUAUGAAUUCCAUUGCAAAUGAUGGAUGUUAUGAAUGUAAAUUUAUGUGUGAUUAAUAUUGUAUUGAAUGUGAAGAUGGAAUUUGUAAAGAAUGUCCUAUUGGAAUGCAUCUUUUUGGAUUAUUCUGUUAAUCAAAAUGUGGAGAUGGAUAUCAUCUUUAAAUGUUUGAAUAAUGCGAUGAUGGAAAUAAUGAAAAUGGAGAUGGAUGUAAUUCAUAAUGUGUUAUUGAAUAAGAUUGGGUAUGUAUUAGUUAUUUAAACACAUUCUCACUUUGCUCAUUUGAAAAAAGACCAGAUUUCUCUUUAAUCGAUCUUAAAUCUAAUCCUGAUGGCGUUCUCAAUAUCUAAAUUGCAUUUAAUUAAAAAGUUAAAUUCUCGCCACAUAUAAGGAAUAAUUUAAGUGAAUAUAUUCAAACUAGAAUCAUUGGCCUUGAAUAUCAGGAUUAUAAUAUUUAUAUGACUACUGAAGUUAUAAUCUCUUAUGAUCAAGUUUCCUAAUUAAAUCUUUAGUUUGGAGUUACAUUCCUCAAAUCUAUUGAACAUCCUAUUUUUUAAAUAAAAUUUCUAAAUGAUUCUAUCCUAUCUGAAUUCAACUAAACACUUAUCAAGAAUGAAGAUACUAUUAAAUUAUAAACUCCUCUAAUUUUAACAUCUUCACAAGUACUUAUUGCUUAAUAAACUUAAAAAUUUAAUUAAGCUGUAAUAAUAUCACUAGGCAGCAUAUCUACAAUUUGCUUAUUGACUGGUUAAUAAGAAAUUUUUUGGAAUCUUAUGGAUUAAUUGUAAUACUUAUCAUACAUCAAGUACAUUAAUAUAUAAUUUUCGCCUAAUUUAAAUAUCUUUUUUGAUGUGUUUCAAUUAAUAACAGUCUCACCAUUAAUUUCUGCUUUAGGUUUCCAAAAAUUUUUUGAUGCUUUAGAUGGUAAUGGAAAUUUUACUAUAGAAACUACUAACAAAUUUUUAUUAGAUGAUAUUAAUGCAUACUUCCUCCUGAAUUUCGAGAGUUUUUUAUUCUGCCUUAUAACAACAUACAUGAGCUAUUUUUCUGCAAAAAUUGCUUAUUAUUUCCUCAAUAAAAUACAAUAAAAUUAAAUUGAUUGGAUUGGUUUUAAAUUUGGCAAAAUUAUAAUAAGUUUUAGGAAAAAAUUGAAAAUUUAAAUAAAAGAAUUCUACUAUAAUGCUAUUUUAAGAUUACUUCUCUCAAAUUCUUAUGAUAUAUGUUUUGCUUGUGCAAUUUAAGUGUGGUAUUACCCAAAAGAUAAUAAUAAUAUUUACAUACUAAUCAAUUAUUACUUUUCAUGUCUAUUUUAUAUAGAUAUAUUUUAGUUAUCCUAUUUUUAAUGAAUAUUUCUACUAUUUUCUCAAAAUAGACUUCACUUAGAAAUCGCUCCAAGUAUCAAGAAAUAUUUGAAGGAAUUAAUAAUAGCAAUAAAACUUGGACAAUCUAAUAUAAUUCUGUUUAGAUGAUUAAGAAACUUAUUUUUAUUUCUUUUAUCGUAUUUUUAUAAGACAAUGGAUUAAUUCAAACUUUAAUAAUUUCUUUUUUCUAAUCAUUAUUUUUCAUACACAUUAUUCUCAAUAGACCAUUAAAUAAUUAUAAUGAGUAUGUUAAAAUAAUAUUUACAGAAUCAUUAAUAAUUUUUAAUCUAAUUUCAUUUAUAUUAUAUUAUUACAGAAUUGAAUUGGAAUUAACAUCAGAAAAUUUAAUAAAUUUAGGAUGGUUACAUAUUGCUACCUUUUCUUUGAUCUUUAUAGCCACUUUUCUAAUUGAUAUCACAUAGUAAAUUAAAAAAUUAAUAAAAUUAUUUCAAAAUGCUAGAAACAAACAAGAAUCACUAGAGCCAAUAUUUUACUGA